AUGUGCGAGAAUUGAUUACUGAAGUAAAACGUAGGAGGAAGUAGUGCGUCCUAAGAUGUCUGCCACUUCCAGGGCUGAAGCGAAGAUAGGGGAGACUUUACAGAAGGUACGAGGUACCAUAAAAGAAGCUGAUGCAGAUACUUAUAUAUAAAUGAAGUUGCAGUAACACGAUGACUACAUCUGAAAUAAGAUUAUUUCUGUCAUGGGUUGUGGGACAAGCAAAGUUCUCCCUGAACCUUCAAAAAACCUCCAGCAGGACUUGGUGAAAAAAGUGGAACCUUGUUUGGACAGAAAAAGUGACCAAUAUAAUAAUUGUAUUACAGACAAAAGCCAGACAUUUCUAAAGGAUGAUUACCUAUCUCACUCACUGCCUAAUGGAGACUUGAAGUGUCAUGUGGAAAGUGCACAUUUAAGGAGACACAAAAUUGCUAAGUACAGGGCCAAGUUUGACCCACGUGUAACUGCAAAAUAUGACAUAAAAGCUCUUAUUGGACGAGGUAGUUUUAGUCGUGUUGUAAGAGUAGAACAUAAGGCCUCUAAACAGCCAUAUGCUAUUAAAAUGAUUGAAACUAAAUGCAGGGAAGGAAGGGAGGUAUGUGAAUCUGAACUUAAUGUUUUGAGGCGAGUUCGACAUACCAAUAUUAUUCAACUGAUUGAAGUAUUUGAGUCACAGGAAAGGGUUUAUAUGGUCAUGGAGCUUGCAACAGGUGGUGAACUUUUCGAUCGUAUAAUCACCAAAGGCUCAUUCACUGAAAGGGAUGCCACUCAUGUAUUACAGAUGGUUUUGGAAGGUGUGAAAUAUCUGCAUGCACUAGGCAUCACUCACAGAGAUCUAAAACCUGAAAACCUGCUUUACUAUCAUCCAGGUAUUGACUCCAAAAUAAUGAUAACAGAUUUUGGACUUGCAAGUGCUCAAAAAAAAGGGGAUGACUGUUUGAUGAAGACAACCUGUGGAACACCAGAAUAUAUUGCACCAGAAGUUUUAGUAAGAAAGCCCUACACCAACUCUGUAGACAUGUGGGCUCUUGGAGUCAUUUCUUAUAUUCUUCUAAGUGGAACUAUGCCAUUUGAAGAUGAUAACAGGACCAGGUUAUACAGGCAAAUUCUGAGAGGGAAAUACAGCUAUUCUGGAGAGCCAUGGCCAAGUGUCUCAAAUCUGGCUAAAGACUUCAUUGAUCGCCUUUUGAUGGUGGAACCAGGACAGCGGAUGACAGCCACACAUGCUCUUAAGCAUCCAUGGAUAGUAAGCAUGGCAGCUUCUUCAUCAAUGAAAAAUCUGCAUCGCUCUAUUUCACAAAACUUGCUAAAAAGAGCAUCUUCUCGCUGCCAGAGCACAAAAUCUUCACAAUCGAUCCAUUCUAGUCGGUCUACAAAGUCUAGUAAAUCACGGCGAGUGAGAGAACGUGAGCUUCGAGAGUUGAAUUUGCGUUACCAGCAGCAUUACAAUGGCUGAAAGAAUAGUGCUCAAGAAACCAUAAGAGUACUGUGUGGGUUUUUUAAAAGAAGUUUAGAGGGUUUUCAGUAUUAACCAUCACAACUGUCACGGAUAAGCAUAAAUGAAUGGUAAAUAUACACUACUGUUACAGACUGUGUUUCUUGCAGGUGCUUUAUCCAAACCAAAAUAAACCUUUAAACAUAUGUUCUUGUAUUAACAUUUGCCAAGUUUUUUUACACAGUUGGAUAUUCCUUUAAUGUUACACACUUGUUUGUGUAUAUCAUAAUAUAUAUUAUAUAUAUAUUGUGGUCAAAAAAUUAAUGUUUAGAAAAAGAGUACUGCACUUUCUGGGACUUGAGUUUUAUUGAAAGAAAUCCAAUGUUUCGGGCAAUAACACUGCUCUUCCUCAGGGACAAACCAACAGACUGUUGACCAACAAACAAUAUACUGUAUAUGUGCCAAAGUUGGCAAAUUGGCACAGUACUAGAUACUCUUGCCCAGGUUGUGUUCUGUUGGCUUGGUGACACUGUCUACUUACUGCAAUGUGUCUGGCUGGUUCUCUCCCAGCGUUCUGACGUAGCUUUUUGUGUUCUUGUACUUAUGUACUUUUAUUUGUUACUUUUGUUUCUCUCUACACGUUGAGGGUAUCACUCUUUUACUUCUCUUGGUGUAACAUUGGUUCCAAUCACAUUUUUAUCAGUUUCAAGUGUUUUGAUACUUUGUAUGUAACACAUUACACAGUAAAAUGGUCGCUUUAGUGAUUGAUAACUUUAUUAUUUGAUUUCUGGCUGCUUAUUAAUAUGGGGCACAUUCAUCAAAGUACGAGUUCGAAUCCCGAAAUGGGAAAAAUUCGGAAUAGAUACGAUAAUUUCUGAUGAUUGCAAAUAUCACGAAAAUGCUUAUGAAAAAAUUGGAGUAGUCACGAUAAAAUCGUAUUGGCCACAAAAUUUUCGUAUCGAACAAUCGUAAAUGGCGGGAAAACCUUUGAUCCUUCUGUGCAUGAUUUUGGAAGUCUCCCAUAGGACUCAAUGGCACUCUGCAGCUCCAACCUGGCCCAAGGAAAGUCACGAUACCGACGCUUGAAUGAAUCUGAAACUAUCCUACUCCGUGCGACAAUAUGAUUCGCACAAAUUUUGUCACAAAGUACAAAAAAAGUCACAGAAAAUACGCACAGUAUGACCAAAUAUGAUUUUUUUGUAUUUUGUACCUGUUGUACAUUGAUAAAUGAGCCCCUUAGUGUUUUCUUUUCUGUUUUGGUUGCUAUGGUUACUAAGGCCCUUUUUUCGGAUGAGGGUGUAUAUUGUGUUUGUGGGUCUACAGUCCGCUGGUUUGUCCCUAAGGAAGAGCUGAGUUACUGCUGGAAACAUUGGAUUUCUUUAAAGAAAAAUCUUUUCUUUACUCCCAGAGAGUGUGGUAUUUUUUUUUUUCUUGCACUUAUGAUUGAAUAAAUAUUUUUGGUUUAUUUACUCAAGACCCGUGAGUGCAGAAUUUUUUUUUGAUAGAUAGAUAUAUAUUGGCUUAGACACACACUUAGCAUAAUGCCUGGGUGCAAACAGUAUGAAUAUACCAAAACAUGGAAAUAUCUCUGUGCAGUAACCUUGAUAAAGGUCCCGGGUGAGGGCCCAAUAAAAGUAAAGUUCCUGGUGUGCAUAAAUACAUAUCUUUUCAGGUAGAUUGCCCCACCACACCAAGAACUGCUUCUCAUUUUGGUAAAUUGUAAAAGAAAACCCUCUGGCAUAUUGCUGCACAACAUUACCCUAAAACAAGUUUUGUGCUGACUAAAAGAAGGUAUAUUAGAAAAAAUAGAGGUAUAGGCAUCGAUAACUUAUAUUCUGUUUAAAGAAAUGACAGUAAAAGUUUCCUGUGUAAAGGGUAAAACAUAUUUGUUUGCUUUUUUUAACAAAAAGAAAAAAUUACUUUUAAAGUAAUCUUUCAAUUUUGUGACCAAUGUGAACAUCUUUUAUAUGUAAUCACUGAACACUUCUAGUGCCUUAGAAUCUACAGUACCAUACCUGUGCUAUGGUCUCUUUAAAAAGUAAACUCUAGUUUCUUUGGCGCUAAAAUAGGCAUGUAUCAAAUCAUAAUUUGACAAUACUGUACCAAAAAUGUAUAAUAUAAAAUUCCAAACUGUAUAAAAACUUUACUGUAUAAUAAAAUAAAGUCCAAAGCCUA